UAUAGAUGCAUAUUUGACUAGUUAUUGUGGAAAAUGAUUGUAUAAAGGCCAAAUUUCUGGAAUUAAAUUUCAUUUUAUUUUUGAUUUGCAUUGGGAUGAAAUAUGGUUUAUUUGUGAUUUUCUAAUUAAAUUUUAUUUUAUUUGUGAUUAAUAGUUAUUAUGGAAAUGCACUGUAUAUGGCAUAAGAUCUAUUGAAACUAGAAAGUUAUUUGGCAAUCUCAUGACAAUUUCACCUCACAAAUUAGAAUACAAAAGCAUAAAAACAAUUAAAUCAAAAUCCCCAAAUUUUCACUAGAUUUUUCAUUCAAUGUUGACAAAAUUCCACAAAAAAACUCAUCCAAAUUAGGACUCAAAGGCCAUCCGGAUUUUAUCAAUUUAUAUCUGAAAUCCCUGAAACAAAGGUUAAAGAAAAACUCAUAUUAGGGCUCAAUCCCCAAACCUAAUUCAUGAUUGAAAAACUUGGAUUAGGGUUUCAUGUCCACUGUCUUAUUCAUCUUCUCUGGGAAUUUGCAUCCACCAUCUUGUUCUUCUAUGCCUCUACCUGCUCUUUUGUGUUUGCUUCUCACCCUCCCCCCCUCCUCUCUCUCUACGUUUCUUUUUUUGCUCUCUGCGUUUACCCCUUUGUCUCUUUCUUUCUCUCUCUCUCCCCGCUCCAAUAUAACAAAGUUUUUACAUUGCCUGUAUUGUGGUUGUUUAAUAUGGUAUUAAAGCCUUUAUUGUGGUUAUUUAAUAUGGUGUAUUUAUCAUCAACUUUUUGGUGCGAUGUUUGUUAAAGCCUUUGAUAUGUUGUGAAUUUAAGUAGCCUAGCAUGCUAUUUUAUGUAGACAUUAACUAGUUAAGCUUGUGGAUUUCUUUGAGGUAGUUAAUAUGAAGAUGAACCCCUAAUGUGUGUGUUAAAAUAUUAUUUAUUCAUGAAUAUAUUAUUACUUUUUUAGAUUAUUUGUUUGUGGAUGUGCUUAUAUAGUCUAUUUUUUUAUUUUAUUAAAAAAUAAGAAAGAAGAAACAAUGAUUAGGUCAAAAGAUCCUUUUUGGGAUUUCGAUGAAAGAGGAAAUGAAUUGUAUUGUAAAUUUUGUGGUGAAGUCUUUGUAUGGGGAUAACAAGAUUCAAAUAUAAUUUUGAAGAGAACAAAAGAAUGGUAUAAAAUCUUGCCCUCAAGUACCUGAUGAUGUACAAGCUUUGGCCGUAUGUGCGACACAUGAAGUAUUUUCUAAGCCCCAAAGAAGAAGAGCAAAAUUACAUCAUAUGCUCAAAAUGUUGAUCAAAGUUCGAUAUGCCUAGGUAAUUAUGGUGCAUCACUUGGUACCUCUACUACUAGUUCUCGUUUGCAACAAAGUUCUUUACCAUUAUCGUUGAACAAAAAAGAUGACUUUGUUGACAAAGAAUUUGCUCGUGCAUUUAUCAUAAAUAAUAUUGCAUUUAAUAUUAUCAAUACAUAAUCAUUUGUUGAUAUGAUAAAUACAUAUGUCAAUUUUGGUGUUGGUUACACAUUGUCAAGUUACUCAUCUCUUCACACUAAAUUGGUACAAGAACUUAAGACAGAAGUUGAUGCAUAUAUAUCUCCAAUAAAAGAGUCAUGGGUUCAAUCAGGAAACACUUUGAUGUUAGAUCUCUGGUCGGAUGUCAAAAAUCGGUCAUUCCUCGAUGUUGUUUCUUCUUGUCCAAUGGGGUCAGUUUUUAUAAAUGUAUUUGAGGUAUCUAAGCAUAGAAAAACUGGAUUAUUUCUUGAAAAGGUAUUUCUUAAAGUCAUUGAGGAGUUAGGGCCACAAAAUAUUGUUCAACUUGUGACUGACAAUUGAUCAAAUUAUGUACUUGCUGGUGAUUUAAUAAAAUCAAAAUUCCCUCAUAUUCAUAAACAAAAUGUGCUUCCCAUGAGUUAGAUUUGCUUUUAGAAGACAUUGAUAAGGAGGUCACUUGAGUGAAAGAUGUCAUUAAGGAUGCUAAGUUGAUAGUGGAUUUUUGUAUCAACAUACCAUUGUUUUAGAUUUAAUGAAAAAACACACAAAUGGAAAGGAAUUGAAAAUGUAUGGUAAAACUAGAUUGCCAGUAACUUUUUGAUGGUUGAAUCUAUAUUGUGAGUAGAAGAGGGUUUAAGCUUGAUGGUUGCAUUAUUUGAGUGGAGAGCUAUGACUUAUAGCAAGAGUAAAAUAGAAAAAAAAUCACAUAAUUAAUUCAAAGCUCAAAAUUUUGAAAUGAUGCGAUAGAUACAAGCAUCACAUUAGAGUCUCUUAUCAAGGUACCUCGUUUGGUUGAUAGUGAGGGGUCAACCAUGGUACCUCUUUCGGUUAGCGUGACUCAGUUCCAAGCAUGGUUGAUUGCUACGAUAAGGGGCAUGAAGCUGGAAUCACUAGUAAUCGAUGGAAAACCAUAUGGCAGGAAUUCUUUCCCGGGCCUUGUACACACCGCCUGUCACACUAUGAGAGCUGGCCACGCGUGACAUCAUUACUUGAAGAAUGACGAAAUCCAUCCGAACCGUCCAAUGAAUAAGAGGAGAGCAAAGUGCCAAUGGUGUGCAAAGUGCAUGUGAAGCCGGCGUGGAGAAAAAGAAGUGCGGAGGAGAAGCAGCCAAACUCAUUCCCUUCGCUUCUUGGGCAUUCCUGCUGUAAUCCGUACUUGGUUUUGGUUUUCUCGAACUCUCAAUUUGGUUGGUGACAAGGUGAGGGAUGUACCUGCCCCUAUGGUGCAUGCUUUCGACGUUCCGUGGUGAAUAGUGGCUACUCGUCCAGUCUCUUGGCCUUGGGGAGGAAAGGGUGGAUGCGUAUGCAAAUGCCAAUAGUGAGAGUGAAUCGGCCUCCCUCCUACUGUGUUUGAUGGUGAAUCUAGACUCCAAGAGACUCUAGAUCGUUGUUUCCAGAAGAUCUCCUCUUGGGCUAGGGCUGAGUUGAGGUUGAACAUAAUGCAAUUUUCCAUAUCCUCGGUCCAUCACUGUUCGUUUUAGAUUGAAUCUCUCGAAGGUGAAUGUUGCCAAACAAGGUAAGCACUAAAGAUGAAUUAUUAUGGAAAUGAAUCUAGAUAUCUUGAAUUGUUGAAGAAUUUUGAAAAGGGGGGAAAGAAAAAUAUAAUUCACCUCAUUCAUGCUGCUGCCACAUUUUUUAGCUCAUCUUUAAUGUGUGGUGGGUUUGUUAAACUUGAUAAUCCUGAAGUGAAGGUUGACAUUACCUUGAUUUCAGAUAUAAUGAUCCAUACAGAGCCAAAAAAAAUAUUGUUUUCAGAGUUGUUGAAGUACCAUACGCGGGAUCUAAUUGUAUUUGAUGGUGUUGCAACAGGAUUAUUGUCAACAACUCAUCCUCGUAUCUUCUUGUAUUUUUAGUUUUUUCACUAUUUUAAAAAAUAAAUUUUAUUUCACUUUUAAUUUUAUCUUAAAUGUGUAGUUAAAAAAUUAUUAUCAUGUUGGAGUUUGGUGGGAAGUAUGUGGAGAAAGCAUUCAACUGAAUCAAAUGGUUGCUAUUCAGAUUUUAAGCUAACCAUGUAGCUCAUUAGCAUGGGAAAGAAAUUGGAUUGCUUUUGCGGCGACACAAACCAGAAAAGGAAUAAAUUGAAACUAACUAUGUUAACUGACUUGGUUUACAUAAGAGUGAACUCGAAGAUGAUGACUGUAUCUUGUGAAAAUGAAAAACAUAAUUGUAAUGCAACUAAUUUUGAAUAACUUGGUUAAUUGGUAGAAGUGGCUUUCAAAGAGGCAGAAAAUGAGGACACCUCCAUAGAUGAUGAUAUUAGUGAUGGUGAUGAUGAUGCAUGACUGUCAUAGUUAGUAAGUCAAGGAAUAUUAAUAUAUCGGCUCACAAUAAAAUCGAAAAUAAAUCGGUUUUAUUUUUCAAAAGUCAGAUAUAAAAAGCGGGCAGAUCAGCAAUAAUACUUUAUGUAAAAAUGUCAUGAAUAUAUCAGAUAAAGCUAAAAAAAUCGGAGUGAAAAAAAGAAUAAAUUUAAAAAUUUCUAAAUUUUAAAAUUCUAAAAAAUACAAAACAUGCUGAAGUAAUCAAGUAAUCAAUAAGUAACCCAUCAAUGAAAACAUGAAAACUUUACUAAAAUAAUAUAAUUAAGUCAAUCAAUUUAGAUGUGUCAUGAUUCUCAUCCCAUCAUCGAAAAUUAAAUAAAAAAUUCGUUAGUAUGAUUUAAAAUUAAACAUAAGGCAUGAUAGGGUCAUUAGAAUUAAUAGAAAAGUUAGGAGUUUGGGAAGGUGUAAGCCCCAAGUGAUGUAACAGUCAUAGUUACCAAGUCGUCGUUAAAAACAUGAGUUUUUACAAAAAAGUGCCAUCAUCAUCAUCAUCACGAUCAUCGUUUGUGGAAGUGUCCUCAUUUUCUAUCUAUUUAAAAACCUGUUCUGCCAAUGAACUAAGCUGUUCAAGAAGAAUAUCUUUACAAUCACACUUUUCAUACAAUCAUCAUCUUCAAGUUCAUUGUUAUGUAAACCAAGUCGGUUAACAUAAUUGGUAUCAAUUUAUUCUUUUUUUUGGUUUAUGUUGUCUCAAAAGCACUUUGAUAUCUUUCGCAUGCUAAGGAGCUACAAGGUUAUCUCAAAAUCCGAAUAGCAACCAUUCGAUCUAGUAUAAUGCUUUCUCCACAUAUUUCUCACCAAACUCCCACAUAAUUAGAAAUUUUUUAGCCACAUAUUCAAGAUACAAUUAAAAGUGAAGUGAAAUUUAUUUUUUAAAAUAGUAAAAAAUAAUAAUACAAGAAGAUACUUACGAGGAUGAGCUUUUGACAAUAAUCCCAUUGUAAUUGCAUUAAAUACAUUUAAAUCCUGCGUAAGGUGCUUCAAGUCUUUUACAACUUUGAGAAAAAUAUAUUUUUGUGCUCUGUCUGGAUCAUUGUAUAUGAAAUCAAGGUAAUGCGAGCCUUCAUUUUAGGAUUAUCAAGUUUAACAAAUGUACCGCACAUUAAAGAUGGAUUAAGAAAUGCGACAGUAACAUGAAUGUGGUGAAUUAUAUUUUCCUUUCACUUAUUUUCAAAAAUCUUCAAUAAUUCAAGAUAUCUAGAUUCAUUGCCAUUACAAUUCCUCUUUAGUGCUUCCCUUGCCCUUUGUAUUGCCUCAUAUAGUAUCCAAUGGUUGACCCUUCACUAUCAACGAAAUGACACACCUUGAUAAGAGGCUCUAAUGUGGUGAUUGUAUUUAUCUCAUCAUUCCAAAAUUUGGAGCUUUGAAUUAAUUAUGUGAAUUUGUCCCAAUUUUACUCUUGCUCUAACUCAUAGCUCUCCACUCAAAUGAUUCAACCAUUAAUCUCAAACCCUAUUCUGCUUGCAAUAUAGAUUGAAUCAUAAAGAAGUUCGUGGCAAAUCUAGUUUUACCAUACCUUUUCAAUUCUCUUCUAUUUGUGUGCUUUCUCAUUAAAUCUAAAACAAUGGUAUGUCGAUACAAAAAAUCCACUAUCAACUUAACAUCCUUAAUGAUAUCUUUUACCCAAGUGACAUCCUUAUCAAUGUCUUCUAAAAGCAAAUCUAACCCAUGGGCAGCAGCACGCUAUGUGUUAUGAAUAUGAGGGAGUUUCGAUGCUAUUAGAUUACCAACAAGUACAUAAUUUGAUCAAUUGUCAGUAUCAAGUUGAACAAUAUUUUAUGGCCCUAACUCCUCCAUGACUUUAAGAAACAUAUUUUCAAGAAAUAAUCUAGUUUUUCUAUAUUUAGAUACCUCAAAUACAUUUAUAAAAAUUGACCCCUUUGACAAUAAGCAACAACAUUAAGGAAUGACCGAUUUUUGAUAUCUGACCAUAGAUUUGACAUCAAAGUGUGUCCUGAUUGAAUCCAUGACUCCUUUAUUGGAGUUAUAUAUGCAUCAACUUUUGUCUUUAGUUCUUGUAUCAAUUUAGUGUAAAGAGAUGAGUAACUUGACAAUGUGUAACCAACACCAAAAUUCAAACAUGCAUUUAUCAUAUUAACAAAUGAUCGUGCAUUGAUAAAUGCAAUUUUAUUUAUGAUAAAUGCACAAGCAACUUCUAUAUCAACAAAAGGCAUCUUUUUGUUAAAUGAUGAUAGUAAAGAACUUUGUUGCAAACGAGAACUAGUAGUAGAGAUACCAAGUGAUGCAUCAUAAUUACUUAAGCCUAUCGAACUUUGAUCAACAUUUUGAGCAUAUGAUGUAAUUUUUCUCUUCUUCUUUGGGGCUUAGGAGAUACCUCAUGUGUUGCACAUACACCCCAUGCUUGUACAUUAUCAAGUACUUGAGGGCAAGAUUUUAUAUCAUUCCAUUGUUCUCUUGACAAGUGAUAUUUGAAUCUUGUUAUCCCUGCAGAAAACCUUCACCACACAAUUUGCAAUACAAUUUAUUUCCUCUUUCAUUUCAAUAAUCGUAGAAAGGAUCUAUUGACCUAACCAUUGUUUCUUCUUUCCUAUUUUUUAAUAAAAUAAAAAAUAUAGAAUAUAUGUUGGAUAUAUGGCCUUUCAGGGCCUUAUAUGCUAUGCCAACACUGUUCAGAGUCAUAGUGGGAGUGACCAGGAACAUAGUGGCUAUCAGAGUCUUUUACGUAUUGAGAUCUGAGUAGGACAAAAUAACCCAUUUUGAUUGAGGCGAGGUUCUUGGAGCAUAUUAUGAACUAAGAAGUUUUGGGGUUUUUCCUCAAGUCAGGUUCGGUAUACUGGUUUCGCCUCAUGGCGUGUGAGCCAGGGCUUGGCGAUUAGUGGACCCCGGUUUGUUUCAAAUAUGUUGUGUAUAAGCCUUGUGUGAGCAUAACUGGGCGUAAGAGGAUAUAAGCCCCUAAAACCCUAACAUAUGUAGCUUGUUCACAUCGUGUGCACAUACAGUUGCAUUUUGGGAAGUAAUUCUGAUGAGGUAAGAUCCACCUAUCAACAUGUGUGUUGAGAGAGGACCCCCGCAUCUGCAAGAGUGCAUGCCCUUGGGGGCACUUGUAAUUCCUUGAACAACCUUGGAGUGCAUUAAACUAUCGGUUAACUUUGAUAGGUCCAUUAAUGUCAGGACUGAAGUUAAUGACGCAUAGGGGCCUGUUGGGUUGGCUAAGAAAUUGGAUUGCGUUUCCGGGUCUAGCCCAGUGGAGUACCAUACAACCCGACCUCCUGGGGAACCGUGUUUUUCCACAUCGGAUUUAUGAGAAGUGCAAGACCAUGAUGUUUUGAUAAGAAAUGCUAGAAAAUAAUUUAUUAUAAAUUUUUAUGAUUUUUUGGGAAUUUUAUUUCAAAGGAAAAGUGCUUUGAUAAAAUUUUGUAUACUGAUUUCAAUUAAGGAUGUCCGCACAUAUGGCGUUUGGUACACAAAUGGCCAAUGUGUGCCAUACGUACAUCCCAUGGGGCAGCCACGUCAUUGACCAAUGGGCAUGACAUGGAAACCCUAAACCUAGGCAUGGGACCCUUGUUUGGAUAUGCCACAUAACAUUAAUAAGAGCAAUGUGUUUUAUGGCACGUGUGAAGGACAUGUGGUGGCAUGUGUGUUCACAUGUGGAAGUGUAGAGAUUUCACAUUUUCAUAAAUUGAUUUAAACUCCUAUUUGUUUACAUCUUAGAUAUUUGAAGUAGGAGCAUUUGAUUGAUUUGAAGAGGAUAAGGGGGACACACCAUGACAUAAGGGUGGCAUGCCAGGCUCUGUGCGGCUGAGAGACUGCAACAUUCUACAAAAGAUAACAAGCAAGCAAGCAGAUGAAAAGCGAUUAUAUGGUGCCAUCUGUGCUGCACCAGCUGUUGUUCUGGAACCUUGGGGCCUACUCAAGAGAAAGCAGAUGACUUGCCAUCCAGCCUUUAUGCACAAGCUUCCUACCUUUUGGGCAGUUACAUCGAAUGUUCAAGUGGCAGGAGAAGUUACAACGAGCCGCGGUCCUGGAACAGCCAUUGAGUUUGCUUUGUCAUUUGUCGAGCAAAUGUUUGGAAAGGAGAAUGCAGAAGAGGUUGAACAGACACUGGCAUUCCAUAGAAAUGGAAUCCAUCCUCUACAGGAAGAGUACAACCUGAUGGAAUGGACUUUCAACCAUACCCCUCGUGUUCUUAUUCCUAUAGCAGAUGGUUCAGAGGAGAUGGAAGCUGUAAUGAUGAUUGAUGUUUUAAGGAGGGCAAAGGUUAAUGUGGUUGUUGCGUCAGUGGAAAAAUAUAUGGAGGUUGUGGCAUCUAGAAAUGUGAAAAUUGUUGCUGAUAUGCUUAUUAGUGAUGCUGCUAAGUCAACAUACGAUUUGAUUCUUCUUCCAGGAGGAGCUAAGGGAGCUGAACGACUGCACAAGUCUAGUAUUUUAAAGAAACUGCUCAACGAGCAACUUUUAGCAGGACGAGCAUAUGGGGAAACGUGCUCAGCAUCAGAUGGAGUUUUACAUAGACAUGGCUUGCUUGAGGGUAAGAAGGCUGCUUCACAUCGCUCGUUAUCUGCCAAUAUCACCGAUGCAUCUGCCAAAGGAGGGGUAGGAGUUGUAAUAGAUGGGAAGUUGAUUACAAGCAGGGGCACCGGAGCAACAAUGGACCUUGCACUGGCUAUUGUGAGCAAGUUAUUUGGUCAUGCAAGGGCAAGGAGUGUGGCAGCAGGCCUUGUUUUCGAAUACCCAAAAGCAAAGAUGAGCUAGCACAAGGUCUGCCAUAGACAUAGAAUCUGAUUACGACACAUGAAAGUGCAUGUGCAAUCUUUGUUCAGGUCUAGAGCUCCUAAUUGACUAUGUGAAUCAUUUAGGAUGCCUCAUGGAAUGUUGGUCUCUCUUCAACAAGAACAAAGAUCAAGAACAAUUUUGGUAGGUUUUGUAUAUUAUUAACAUAGGCAGCUGCAAAUAUAUGAGCAUAAACAAUCACUAUUUGACUUGUGAUUAUAGUCCUUGGCUCAUUUUUUUUAAUUAUUUUUAUGUAAAACUGCUAGUCAAUCCCAUAAUUAUUAUUGAAUGUGAAAAAGGCAUUCGAACUGCAA